AUGACUCGAGUCCUACUACCUGGCGAUCGACUACCCUCGACCUCUGCUGCAUCAGCCGCAACGACGCUCCACCUCGGCCCGGGGUUACAAUCCGUCGUGGUCCCCUCAUCUUACAAGGGCAAGAGCAAAGCGACCUCUGAUGCGAUGGAUACGGAUGAGAAGCCAGGGAAGGAAGCCGAGGGGGGUGAGGAGGACGAGGAAGUCGUGGCCAAUCGAGCGGGCUUGCUGGGGAUGCAAGAGGACAACAAGAGCCAAAAGUACUGGAUCGAAGGGACGAGCCGAAGGGUGAGUGCAAGAAUUGGAGCACUUAUACCACGGCAGGGUAGCAUGGGCUGCACAGAGUCCAAGAACGCACCGAAGAGACGCAAUGAUGUACAUUUGGCUCGCCCCGAGUGGCGCUCGACACGCUUCGUCGACGUUGCGAAUCUCGGCAGCACGAGGGUGCUGCCAUGAUCUUAUGCUAUAUGGAGUCUACGGUGAAGACUACUCCAACCAUGACUUGAAGUGUACAUUCAAUGAGGGGGACAGGCAUUUUUUGCCUUACAAAAUCGUUGUGGCCCAGUACAGCGAGCUGACGAAACGAUCCAUCCUUUUGAAUCUUGUCCCGACUUUUAUCAUGCAGUACAUUCCGCAAGCUCCGGAGCCGGUGAUUGGGAUCAUUAUUGCAAGGCAUGCCGAAGGGUAUCGAGUAGACAUUGGGUCAUCGCAAGCCGCAAGUCUAGACGCGCUGGCAUUCGAAGGCGCCACAAAACGAAACAAGCCGAACCUCAAAGUACGUGACCGAGGAUCUUCAAUAUAUUUUUCGCCUUAACCAGGGUCGUCGAACUGAUAACAGCGACCUUGAAUUGUUUUUUUUAGGUUGGAACGCUUGUAUACGGCCACCUCCUCGCUACACCGCCUUUUUCCGAACCCGAAAUAUCUUGCGUCGACGCGGCGACACAAAAAGCCGCUGGAUUCGGCGAAUUGGCUGGAGGGUUCCUGAUCCGCCAUGUUGAGCUCGGAAGGUGUAGAGCGUGAGUACUCUCUGUCUCUUUCCACAGGGUUGCCGGCCGGUUCGUUCCGACCUCGGGCCGCGCGAGCUGACUAUCACUUCUUCCCUCACUCAUCGAUUCUCGCUCGCAGGCUGCUCUCUCCGAAGCAUCCGAUAUUGGAACGUCUGGGAGCACAGUUCGCCUUUGAGAUCGCGGUGGGGAUGAAUGGACGAGUCUGGGUGAAAGCCGGGGAUGAUGAUACCGAGAAGUUGAUCGCGAUGAUUGCGGAGCUCAGGGGCGAUGAGUGA